UACUGACGUUUUGUAGCAGUUUUGUAACACGGGUCCAGUUCUAUGACGGACCAAGCUCAAAAAUUACGCCCCACGCGAGUGUGUAUCCGCUAGCGAUCAGCGGGUGGCAACCAUGAACAAAAUGGUUUUGUGUGGCUUGUCUUUAUAAUUAUAUUUUCUGCAGUCAUUGUGGAUUUUAUCGUAACACUGAAGUAACACAUUGGAGAGAGAAAGGAAAAAUACAAAUAGGCUAGUUACUUAGCUAAUAGCACUUUCCAGUUCUGUACAGUUUGUGGCUGGCUAGCUAGCUAAGUUCGGGACAAGCUACGCAGUGUUAACAGGCAAUGGAGCCAUCAGAAGGAUCCGCCCCAGAUUCAGGCAGCCAGGAGGUGAACCCUGUCUACCUUCAGCAGCUACGGGAGUUGGACAUUCCCGAAGAGGCUGCUAAACAGGCAUUGCUGCACACCAGGAAUGUAUCCGCUGAGGAAGCUGCCAUGUAUUACUUCAACAAGUUGGAAAACGAGUAUGAAGGUGAUGAGGAUCUGAUGUUCAAGAUGGUGUUUGUGGUGAACAUGGACCUGUCUAUGGGGGUGGGGAAGGUGGCUGCUCAGGUGGGGCAUGGUGCAGUGGGGCUGUACCAGGCUCUACAGGAGAAGAACAGCUGGAGAGAGAUGGCCUGGAAGUGGGACCAAGCUGGGGCAAAGAAGGUGGUGCUUCAGGGCACUAACAUGGCUCAUCUUCUGGAGCUACAGGCUCUGGCCAUGAGUCUCAAUCUGCCCACGUACCUGGUGCAGGAUGCUGGUAGGACUCAGGUGGAGGCUGGGUCACGAACCGUUCUGGCCAUUAUCGGGGAGGAGGAGAUGGUUAACAAUGUGACGGGGAGCCUGAAACUGCUCUGAGAGCCAGGAUGUGCAGUGCUACAGACCGACCAGCAGAGGGCAGAAUCUAGUUACGGCGGAGGGUGUCUACUCGCAAACGUAGACACACAGCCAUUUUUAUUUUGUUCCCUUUCUGAGCCAUCGACUGGAGGUACAAGGAAAGGACGCCAGCCUGACUCAUGAGGAAGGACUGAUUCUACAAACCAACCAGGGUGGCUGCAUAUUAUCAGGAAAAAAAAGUAUAAGAGACAGAAGAAGCCAAAUAUUGUGGCAAGAAAGAAGCACAAAAUAAUCAUUAUAUUAAAUGUUAAGACGUUGAGAACAAUAUCUCAGACCAUGUUCCCAAAAUACUGCUUAGCAGACUGAGAAAUAAUAGCUCCCAGUACAUUGCUGAUUGUUUAAUCACAGUAGUUUAAUGUUAUUCAAAGAUAACAAUUCUGACACAUUUAAAGGUAAAUGGUUAGCAUUUAUAUAGCGCCUUUAUCCAAAGCGCUGUACAAUUGAUGCUUCUCAUUCACCCAUUCAUACACACACUCACACACCGACGGCAAUUGGCUGCCAUGCAAGGCGCCGACCAGCUCGUCAGGAGCACUUGGGGGUUAGGUGUCUUGCUCAGGGACACUUCGACACAGCCUGGGCAGGGGAUUGAACUGGCAACCCUCCAACUGCCAGACGACUGCUCUUACUGCCUGAGCCAUGUCGCCCCUAAAGUAGGAACUUUUAUCUCCCCGUUAAUUUUACAGUAAAGAACGCAGAAUGGAAAAAUAAUUAAAUGAUGACGCAUGUUGAUGACCAUCCUUUAAAGUACAGAGUCUUAAUGUCCAGUUCUCAGUAUCCUGUUAGUCUUAGUGGAAGCCAAUUACAUUUUGUUUGGGGGAGGAAAAGUUACAUUUUGUCCUUUACAGUUCUUGGACGUAAGGUUUGCAUUAACACUGCAUUUUAUUUCUGCAUCUGAAACCUUGCAAAUGCUUGUGCUUUGGAAACCUAUCUGACACCACAAACAUGUUCAGUUAUUGCAUAUAACCGGUGGGGCUGUUGAAAUUGCUGUCAUUUUUUUCCAUUUAUAGAACAGAUGUGUAACUUCACAUAAUCUUGAUGUAAGUGGAAGACAUUGUUUUGAUGACAAAGCACUGCAGUCAUCCUGUCAUUUCUUGAAACCUCACUGCAUGAGCCCAUGUGGUGUCUGGCAUACAUGCGUUACACUCUUGUGUUUUUACAAAGUUGUAUACAAUCAAGUGAUUGGAGUACUUCCUGGAGUUGUAAAUGAGUAGCUCACAUACAAAAUGCAAGUUUAAUUUAUCUUUUGUCCGUGUGUUUAUGUGACAAUUUUAAUGGGCAAAAAAGUAAUAGGUUAUUCUACAAUAUACAAGUGCUACACGCACGACAGGAUAUUUUUUUAAAGAUACAGAAGUUUUGGUUGCAAAUUAUUGGAAAAAUGAACUAGUGUAACGUGUGACAAUUUGUUUAAUCGGGAGUGAAUGGAAUAUAUUUUUUCCAUUAAUAAAUGUUUGGUUUCCAAUUCCUGACCUAUAGCGUCAGAGACUAUA